CCUUCAGACAAGGUUGUGCUUGAAGAGCAAGUACUGAAGAGUGUCUCGCCUGACAGAUAGCAUACAGAAGACAAUGGAUGGCAGCAUGAAAGAUCAUGAUCUUGAAUCCAGCCCAGACCAAUCCACACAAGCGAAUGACUCGGAUCAAACCAGAUGCUACCAUGAUAUCCAACUAAACCCGAUCAUGAUAUCCAACACCUCAACUGGCCCUUCAGCUUCUUCGGUAGAAGCAGCAGGAGUUGAGUUAACCACCACCAUCAAUUCUCCAUCAUCCUCAACUUCGACUCAAACAUCAACACAAGAAAACCUUGCAAAUGAGAAUCAGCCUCUCCAUCGAAUAAUCGAAACACUUAGACAGCAGGAACUAAGCAGGCAUGUAUUAAUCCUAGCAGUUCCCAUGACCAUCGGCUUGUUCUCUGUAGACAAAGUGGUUAACGAGACUUCAGCCCUGCGCGUGAUGGCGAUCGCUCUUGCUUUAGGCUUUGUGGGGAUUUGGAAUGGUAUUUUGCUCCGAACAACUUGCAAUGAAGCAUCAAACAUCAUUGAAUUGCUGGGGAUAGGAUUCAUGUUGUUAGCAUUUUUUGGAUUCAUUGCUUGUUUUUUACCGGAGAGUCUUACUUGGAUCCCCUACCUUUGCUGGGUUCUAUCACUUCUUCCAUUUGUGAUUGCCCUCUGCUCCACGGGGAGGGCCAGCAAAGACAGGGAUUCCAACAACUGA